CGAAAGCCGAUCAGGGUCUCCGAGGUACAUCGCUCGGACUUUGAGACAUACAGCUUGCAAUGAGUGAUAUCAAUCUAGCUAGCUGACAAUAUUUUGAGUUUGAAGUUCCGGCUAUCUUCGUGAUCGCGCCUUUUCCUGCCUCAUUCAUCGUAACCGAGAAGAGGCAUUUUUGGCGGUUUCAGCGUUGUGUGGCUGUCUAGGCCCCCACAUUCACAAACAUCUAGCUGUAGACCUGUACUCCGUAUACUUGCUCACUUUGCCCGAUGAUCUAACUCGGCGGGUCUAAUCUGGCAAAUCUCAUUUCUCCCGCGUGGCUUCUACCUUCUGGGUGCCAAGCGGACGCAACGGGAUGAAGACUAGCCCUGAUGUGAUGCCGCGAGGGAACUAUAUCUGCCACCAAAUUUCCGCACCUGAUAUUGCUUACAGUCAAAGAUCGAGUGUUCGGAUCUCAGUCCUCUAGAUAAGGGUGUUGGAGUCAGCAACACGAUUGACCCUCUGCAAAAGACCACAAUGGCAAAAUCAAAUGAGCGCAAUGUAUACUUCGGGCCGAACUCCCUGAAGCAGUACUUUGAUCCGGACUGUCAGCCUCCGUUACCUCUGAUUGAGCUUCCGGAGUAUUUGAAUCCAUUUUACCAAGAUGGCGUUCGAAUUUAUGCCAAGAUGAUGACCAUGCACCCUGCCAACAAUGUCAAGGCCAUGCCAGCAUUGAAUAUGCUCGAGUCAAGCGUUGUUCCAAACCAGACAAAAACUAUCAUCGAAUAUAGCUCUGGCUCAACGGUGAUCUCGAUGUCGAUGAUUGCUCGGGUGAUUCAUGGCGUGCAGGAUACGCGGGCAUUUUUGAGCAACAAGACUAGCGAUGCCAAGUUGAAGUUGAUGCAGUUCUUCGGUCUGGAUAUCACACUCUUCGGGGGCCCGUCACAACCAGAACCCGCUGAUGACCGUGGCGGCAUUCAAAGUGCCCGUCGUAUGGCCCAGGAAUCUGACGACAUUGUCAAUCCCAACCAGUACGAAAAUAACGAUAACUGGCAGUCGCAUUCGCGGUGGACUGGCCCUCAAAUCUUCCAGCAAUUACCUGAGAUCAACGUCCUAUGUGCCGGUAUGGGUACCUCUGGCACCAUGACCGGCCUGGGAACGUACUUCAAGGGUGUGAAGCCCUCCGUUAUGAGACUCGGGGUUUGCACAGCCGCAGGCGAUAGGGUCCCUGGUCCCCGAUCCUAUGCGCUCAUGCGCCCUGUGGAGUUCCCCUGGAAAGGAGCAGUGGAUGCAAUUGAAGAAGUUGGCUCUUCUGACUCGUACAGUCUUUCCCUCAAGUUGUGCCGUGAGGGACUGGUAUGUGGCCCAUCAUCUGGAUUCAACCUGCAAGGUCUGUUCCAGAUGCUGGCCAAGCGCAAGUCUGCGGGGACGCUGUCUGAUCUGGCUGGCUCGGACGGGAUUACGCACUGCGUCUUCCUGUGCUGUGAUCUGCCAUACCAGUACAUUGGCGAAUACUUCCAGAAGCUUGGGGCUAAGGAAUUCCCGCCCAUUCGCAACGAGCGUUUGACAAAGGUCGACCUUCAUCGAUAUGAUGAGGCCUGGGAGCGGGACGCUUUCGAGGUCCUCCCAAAAGUCUACGCUUCUCCGCGACCCCUUAACCAGACACCACUCAGCGAGAUCACCCUAAAGCCACUGCGCCGAGUCCUCGACCUCCGUCAAACUGCAGACUUCCAGGCCUGGCACCUUCCAGAAUCAAUCAAUGUGCCACUCUCCAGUGUUAGCCCCCACACCGGAUCGCCGUUUUCAGAUCCAGCCGUACUUGAGGCGCAAUGGUUGGAGCUGGAGCAGAUCUUUGGAGACGAAUGCCUGGUCUCGGAUCUUGUUUCAUAUCAUGUCCUAGUAUUGUGCUAUGAUGGAGAUACGGCACGCGUGGCUACCAGCGUACUUCGGGCUAAGGGCCUUGAUGCGGAUAGUGUGCUUGGAGGCUACCGUGCGCUGCGGAUGUAUGACAUUGGGAGCGAGACUGCCAGGUGUGGGGCGUCAGUAUCGGUGGCACAUUCCUCGGGAAAGAUACCUAUUGCAGCCACGGUGUCUGUUUCAGCGGUUCAUCCUUGAUUGAAGCGCGGGGAUCUCACAUAGCGGGAAUAACUGUGGGAUGAUCUGCGCAGAUGAGGAUUGUCAUCGUUCUUGCAUGCAGGAAUGUAGGGUUGGAGACGGCUAUGAGAUUUGUCGAGACUGACAUCGGAUGGCCAAGUUCUGGGCCCGUAGUUUUGUAAAUAAUUGCUGCGUUUAGACACUUUGAGACCUUCUUAU